UUGUACGAAGUAGUUUGGAGUGCUAUCAACCUAUUAGUCCCAGGUAUCAAAAGCAUUCACAGUAAGAAGAGAAUUCAUGUCCAAGCACUUAAAGUACUCAAAUGCAUUUGUUCUCAAAUUUCAACUUUGGAUAAACAAGAACUUCAAGCAAUUGGAGUGUAUGAUAGCCUUUUCUUUGCCACCAAGUUUGGGAUUGUUGAGAUUAUCAAUGAGCUUAUAAAGAUAAAUCCCAAUUUAUUAUUCAUUCUGGAUAAGCAAAAUCAAAAUAUAUUUUCGGUUGCAAUUCAGUAUCGACAAGAAAGAAUCUUCAAUCUCAUCUGUGGAAUAAGUGGAAUUUUGACAUGGUUUUCACCUUCAAUGGAUAAUUUAGAGAACAACAUAUUACAUCUAGCUGGAAAAUCGCCUCCUUCUUCUCAUGAACAUGGUAAGGUCCCAGGUGCUGCUUUGCAAAUGCAACGGGAGCUACAAUGGUUUCAGGAGGUGGAGAAAAUAGUACCAACGUUUGCUAGAGAAUUUCCCAACUCAAAGGGAUUGAAACCUCGAGAAGUGUUUACAGAGGAGCACACCAAAAUAGUAAAAGAAGGGGAAAAAUGGAUGAAGGAUACUGCAGGUUCAUGUAUGGUUGUUGCCACACUAAUUGCAACCAUUACAUUUGCAGCAGCCUUUACUGUUCCAGGAGGAUUUAAUCAAGACUCUGGCUUUCCCAUUUUACUAAAACAAAAAUUAUUCUUUCUUUUCAUAAUAUCAGAUGCUUUAACACUCUUCUCUUCUUCCACUUCAGUGUUGAUGUUUCUAUCCAUCUACACAUCACGUUAUGCAGAAGAAGAUUUUCUCGAGUUGUUACCGAAGCGAUUGAUCAUUGGUCUCUCCACACUCUUCUUCUCAAUAGUGACAAUGAUGGUAGCCUUUUGUGCAACUAUAUUUCUUAUCCUCAGUAAACAACAUAAUUGGGUUUCAAUUCCCAUCACUUUCCUUGCUAGUGUCCCAGUUACAUUGUACCUUUUGUUGCAAUUUCCCCUUUUUCUUGACAUGGUUAGUUCCACAUAUGGUCAUGGAUUAUUCAGUACUAGCUAGGCCGAAAACUAAGACCUUCUUGGC